AUCUCUCUUCCUUUCUCUCUUGCUGUUCUCUUCGUCUCCCCCCUCUUCUCCCAAUACCCUCUUUGGCUCCUUCUCACCCUCUCUCAUGGCGAAGCCUCGGCCGGCGAAGCGAACCCUAGACUCCUAUACGAUCAAGGGUUCCAACAAAAUCAUCAAACCGGGGGACUGCGUGCUGAUGCGGCCGCCGGACUCAUCGAAGCUGCCUUACGUGGCGAGAGUAGAGAGCAUCGAGGCGGGCGCGCGGGGGUCCAACGUGAAGGUGAGGGUGCGGUGGUAUUACCGGCCGGAGGAGUCGAUUGGGGGGCGGCGCCAGUUCCACGGGGCAAAGGAGGUGUUCCUCUCCGACCACUACGACAUCCAGAGCGCCGACACCAUCGAGGGCAAGUGCUUCGUUCACAGCUUCAAGAACUAUACCAAGCUCGACGCUGUCGGCAGCGACGAUUACUUUUGCCGGUUCGAGUAUAAGUCCGCGACUGGUAGUUUUAUUCCCGACAGAAUCGCUGUUUUUUGCAAGUGCGAGAUGCCUUACAACCCUGAUGAUCUUAUGAUCCAGUGUGAGGGCUGCUCUGACUGCAAGAUGGAGGGAAACGAAAGGAAGGACUCAUCAUAUAGAGUGGGUGAUAUCGAACCCUUGUUCUGACAUUGAUGAAUGCUGAGUUACAGAGAUGUUAAAAGCUACAUAAACAUGGCUUAUUGGGAUUCUAAAACUUUAUUUAGCAACCUGCUUGCUCAUGCUGCCAAGCUGGAUUAAAGGAUGCCAUUGUGUAGGGAUGGUCUCUUUUGGUGUUGAGCCAAAGCCUGAACCCAAGGCUUCAGAUGAUUGACUUCAAUCCCACCCAAUAAAUCCAGAUAAGCCCGAGUCAUCCUUACUCCUCUUUUUUUCAAAAGAAUUCAACCAUAAUUGAUCCAAAGUUUGUAAAUUCAACUCUGGGCAGCACUGUUGAUCGAACCAUACUUACAAAGAUGGAUGCAUUUUAUCUAGAAUUUUCCCACAUGCGCAUUAUUAUUCUUGUACUGUCAUAUGAUAUGUAUGAUAAGAGGUGGAAAUAUAUGAUAUUUUUGAAUAUUGUUACCUUGGAUCACACUUACCCCAAACUUCCUUGUCAGCACCCUCUGACAACUAAAAAAUUUAAAUUUACCCUUCUGACUGGGUCAUGAUUUCGGACAUGAAAGUUGACAUGACACCACCCUUUACACUUGUAGUGCCUUCUUGAUAUUGAGGUACCCAUUUUUUCCUGCCGUUAUUUAUUUGGUUUCUGUGCAAUUGGAACUGCUAACAUUUCUGGAAAAUACUUGUGUUAGUCCCAGAUAAAGAGAAUUAGAGCGAUCAGCUUUGGUAAUAUGCAAGAAGUUACACCCAAAAAGACAAAGGAUUCUAAUCUUUGUGCAAUUUGUGCACUUCUGUUACUUUUUGCUUAAAUGGUUAGAGUCUUUGUCCAUUUCCCACAGGGCCUGACAUCUUAACUGUUUGAGAGGCGUCGAUUGUUCAUCUGACUGCUUUAAGAUGGGACUUUUGAAGCUAGAGAAUUGAUGCCAUAUCUAGUCACUAUUUGGUAAAAUAAGAUAAUUAUCAAAGUGUAUUUUACUAUUUUUGGUUGUGUCAUGGUUCACUGGUCCAGAAACUAAUUACCAUGAACUCUGCUGGGUGCGUUGGUCAUUACUUAUGCCAAAUUCCUCAAUGAAUAGGAAAUUAUCCGUGUGGUUGGCAUUGUAUUGUGAUUUGUAAAAAUUUAAUUUUCUUAAGAUAAUCACUGUAGAAUCAAAUCUUUACUUCAUCAAAGUAGAGUGGCCUAAAUUAGUGUUAUAUCACUGAAAGGGGCUGAGUGAACUGUGGUUGUAUUUCUUGGAUGAUACCCUUUAUGCACGGUAAGGCACACCACUUAUCUUGCAAGGUGAGUGUAUGAUUGCCUUUCCCGUUGGGGAAAUUGAUUGGGCCUUGCUAAAGCAACUUUAUUAAGUGUAUGGGCAGUUAUGGAAGUGUUGAUAGGACUCUGGUAUCACUUUAUAAACAAGCUUUAUGGUAGCAUAAUUGUGUAAGAGCUAUAAACUGGUGGUCUAAUAUCUUCACAUGUGCUUCCGUAUAGGAUCAUGCAUUGCUAUUUUCUCUGGAAAUUUGGUUUUAGAAUUAGCAAUUAAUGGAUGGUGCCUAUGGUCUGACCGACUGACCCUGCAUCUAAGGUUCUUGGUUUGGUUUGAACCGACCUGUAUGGUUUCUCUUGAGUACAAGAACCAUUCAUGGCCUGAUGCUGAAUUGUAAUUGACUGCUUUGUGAUUGCAUGAACAUGGCAAGGACACCUGAAAUUUAUCUUCCAAUUGCGAAGAUCUGAGAAUGAGCCAAUCUUCAUAAUAGGUUCAUAGACAUUAUGAAGUGCAAGAUCUUUACGUUUUUGUAUUGUAAAACUCAGCGAGCAAGUGUUAAAAAAGAUGAGAUAAUUUAAUGAAUUUAUCAUUCUCGGUGAUAUCCUUACUGACGCAUGCAUUCACAUGCACGUGUAUGUUUUUAUGUUUGUUUGUAUUGUAGAUGAUAGACGACUCUUUAUAUGAUGACAUACUUUAAAAUUUUAUGCAAUGCAUGAACAGUUGCUAAUCAACUUGUUCAGUUAUGCUGAUGUCUUUACAUUGCAAAAAUAAUGCUUAUAAAGGUCUGCAGAUAAAUUUGUCAUUCAUCAAUUGAAACAUGUCCCAUGUACAGAUGCUUUGAUAUAUGUGGAUACACCCCCAUUCCUAUGUACAUACUCAUUUUGUUAGACAAAUAUGUGCACAUCUACAUAAAUUCAUUUGAAUCACAUGCUAAUUUUCUUUUGUUUCAUCCAUAUUACGACCCUUGUAUUGAAUGUUGAAAAUUUUCAGGACUCUGAAAACAAAAAAUGAGGCCAUUGGUUUAAUGCUGACAAUUUGGGUACUUGAUUUGUGUCAUGAUUAAAAUAUCUUGCUCCAAGGUUUGCAGUCUAGGACCAACCAGUAUGGGGGCAUACCAUACCAUACCAGUAGGGUAGCAAGACUAGGUACGCCCUCUGUAUCGAGUAUUGGUGUUGAGGUAUGUACCAUACCAACACUUGGUGUGGGGUGUAUUGGUUGGGUACUGGUCGGGGUCUGUUAUUGAGAUUGCAAACCUUAUCCUGCUCUAGUAAAAAUCUCUUUUGCAUGGAUGCCUUAUGUUAUCUAGGGAAAUUUAAUAUCUUUUUCUUUAAUAGAAUGUGCAUAAAUUCUUUCAUGUUAGAUCUAUUCAUUCCUUGUGUAUAACAUAUUUUAUAUGCUUCAUAUGAUUUAUAUGCAGAGCAAGACCUUUUUUUUCCUUUUCUGUUUCCUUUUUUUAGUUGCUGCCAUCAUAAUUAUAACUGUCUUGUUGAUUGAUAACAUAUUAAAUGUUAGAACUUCAAAAACUUGCUGAAUUUUG